AUGUUGAACGGCCGAACUUUACGUGAAACAGUUCUCGAAAGUUCGGCCGUUCAACAUUUAUUACGUGAACAUUUUGUAUCAACAUGGACAUUAGUAGUCGAUUUAAAAGCAAUUAUUUCAAAUCAAUUAAAUGAUACUAUUAAAGACUCUCAACGUGCUAAACAAGCAGUUGAUAAUUAUUCAUUUCCUGUUCAAUCAAUGAUUCAACAAAUCGAUGGUACUGUUAUUAGUAAAGUCAAUGCAAAUGAUUUAUUAAAUGUAGAUUCAACAUCUGAACAAUUUCUAAAUAUAAUUUCUGAUGGUAUUGAUACUGCAACAAAACGAUACAUUCAAUUUUUAGAGCAAGCUCUUAAUCGACAAAAAUAA